AUGUCUACCACCAACAGCGGACAAGAAUCUGAAAAGGUUAACACCAACAUUGUUACCCUUACCCGCUUCCUCACUGAGGAGCAGGCCAAGCACCCCGAAGCUACUGGUGACUUCACUCUAUUGUGCCACGCUCUCCAGUUCUCUUUCAAGUCCAUCGCCUACUACAUCCGACGCGCCACCCUUGUGAACCUCACCGGUCUGGCUGGUUCUUCAAACAUUACCGGAGACGACCAGAAGAAGCUCGAUGUCAUUUCUAAUGACCUCUUCAUUGAGGCCAUGCGCUCUUCCGGCAAGUGCGCGCUCCUAGUCUCCGAGGAGGAGGAUGAUAUCAUCUACUUCAAGGAUGCUUCAGAGGCCCGCUACGCUGUUGCCUGCGAUCCCAUUGACGGUUCUUCCAACUUGGACGCUGGUGUCUCAGUCGGUACCAUCUUUGCCAUUCACAAGCUUCCCGAAGGCUCAAAGGGCUGCAAGGAGGACAUCCUGAAGCCCGGUACUGAGUUGCUUGCCGCCGGUUUCACCAUGUACGGUGCCUCAGCUCAGCUCGUCAUCACCAUGCGUGGCGGAAGCGUCAACGGCUUCACUCUCGACAACGGUGUCGGCGAGUUCAUUUUGUCUCACCCCAACAUGCGCCUCCCCAAGUCUCGCGACAUCUACUCUUGCAACGAGGGUAACUCACUAUACUGGGAGGACAAGACCAUCAACUACUUCAACUCGCUGAAGCAGGCUCAAGAAAACGGCAAGCCUUACAGCGCGCGUUACAUCGGUUCCAUGGUUGCUGAUGCUUACCGAACUCUGUUGUAUGGAGGUAUCUUUGCUUACCCCGCCGACAAGAAAAGCCCCAAGGGCAAGCUCCGUAUCCUCUACGAGUGUGCGCCUAUGGCUCUUAUCUUUGAGAAUGCCGGUGGUCAAGCUGUUGACAGCAAGAUGAACCGAAUGCUCGAAGUUGUGCCCGAGCACAUCCACGACAAGGCCGGUAUCUUCAUGGGUAGUUACGACGAGGUUGAGAAGGUUAAGAAGUUCCACCAGUAA